ACAAAUCAUUUUUCUUAGGAUUUGUUUAGUAAAAUAAAAAUAUUUCUUGUACAUUUCAAUCAUAAGUAGAUAUGGCUAAAUUUAACUCUCAGAUUACUACGCUAUUCAUUGUUGUAGCUUUGGUGUGUGCAUUUGUUCCAACUUUCUCAGUCAAAGAAGCUGAAGCAAAUUUAUUAUGGAAUACUUGUCUUGUUAAAUUCACUCCUAAGUGUGCGUUAGAUAUAAUUGCUGCUGUCUUCGAAAAUGGAACAAUGUCUGAUCCUUGUUGCAACGAUCUUGUCAAAGAAGGAAAAGUGUGUCACGAUACGCUUAUUAAAUAUAUUGCAGAUAAACCCAUGUUAAUUGCUCACGAAACAGAAUACUUGAAGAAGAGUGAUGACUUGUGGAAACAUUGUGUCUCAAUCUCCAAAAGUGCUUGAAAUGUAUAUUGCGUGUACUAUUUUCACCCAAUAAAUUGAUUGUUUUCUGUUGUUAUAGUUUUCUUCACACAAGCCUUUAUAUUUUAACUUAACAACAAUUUUAACCAAAGCGAAUUUCUUUCUUAAAAAGUAUAACUUUAAUUUAUGAUUAUCUAUUUGAACUCGAAACAAAAUUUCUUAUAAAGAGUCGAAUAAUAAUUCAAAAUUUAACUAUUAAGAGGAGCUCUAACUAAUAUUGUUUAGUGAAAUUUAAUUUUUGUAUUUUCUUUCUAAUUAGAGUAAUAAGUUAUUC